GUCAAUAUGCUGCUCCAGCUGAUGAAUCAAGGUAAUUUUUUUUGAGUUUAUCUGUAUCCUGAUAAGAAAUGACACAUAUGGCAGUGAACUUUUAGGCUUUUAGCUCCUGUAAAACUGAGGUAAGCGGUGUUCUUUAUUAUCUUUCACAUGUUUUGCAUGUCAACCAGAACUAGCUAGUUAUUUUUUCAGUAAUGAUUAUUUGUCUUAACAUUUGUCAAUUUUUAUACCCCAUGAUAUUCUUAUCCUUUUAAUAGUGACUUUAGUAUAUUACAUUGCCAUCAUUGUUCUGCACGUCUGUUUAGUUAUUCUUUGCAUCUACAGGAUCUAAGCUGAAGGAGCCAGAGCGUCUCGUCGUCCAUGGAGAGCGAACUCCAAAUCUUAAUGUCGCCAUAGUCAAUUCGAAUCAUUCCCAUAAUUUGCCCUCAACAAGACCUAUCACAAACAAUUCUAGUAAUGCUGUUACUCUUCCAAAACCCUCCUGUGUUCACCCGAAAUCCAAGUCCAACAAGUUAAUCCUACGAGGACUGAUAAUGUUACCCUCCAUGGAAAGUGAUAGUUUCACCAUUGAUAUGCCCUUGACCCCUUCUGCAUCACCACCAUACGAAGAUAGCAAACAAGGAUUCACAAAUUUUGCUGCCGAACAUCUGGGUGCUCUUACAAAUCUUGUUUCAUCAAGAGAUAAACAUAAUUACCAGGCUAUGAUUUAUACUGUGGUGGGUUGUUUUGCACUUGCGUUCCUUAUUUCUUCAGCUAAGAAAUGGCCAACCAUCGCGAAGAAGAUGCAAAAAGCCGAGUUUUCUGAUCGGUUUGUUUGGGUUCUUGGGAAUAAUGGGCUAUUGCAAAUCAGGGGAGUCACGCAUCAGUUUUUUGUCCCUUUCACUCUUUCCGUCUUCAGCUUCGAAGGUUCCAGAGCAAGGAGACCGUGCGAGAGUGAGAGAAUGAGAGCUUCGGACCAUCGCCUCCACCCUCUCAAUUUUUGCCGUCGCCGGUGCUGGGACUGUCGCCGUGAAUCUUCUACGCACGGCAUCUUCAAGCUUCUUCCUUCUUCAAAUGAGAGCGCAGGCGUCGACAGUGGUUCUCCUGGCCGUGUGGUUGUGGGUGUUCGGAUUUUCUUCUCCUUUCCCCUCCAUCGUUAUUUUUCCGUCGCUGCAAGGAGUUCUGGCAACAUCACAGUCGGUCUUCUCCCCUGUUCUGUGCUUGCCAAGAACUUGUGCUGCUGUGGAGGUCAUUUUCUUUCCUCUCACCUGUUCAGUGUGAGCUUCGAUCUCUCCUUUCCUUCUCCAUGAUUGGUUGAUGAUAUGAGGGAAUUUGGAGAAAGGAAAUCUCAAUUGAAGUAGUAAGGAAGAGUUGAUUGAAGUCUUGAGAAAUGAAUUCUAAUACUUAGGUACACUAUAGGUAAGUGGAUAACGUCCCAACUGAUUUAUCAAUAAAAAUUCUUUUUUCAAAUAUUUUUUUACAUAGAUCAUUUAAUAAUAAUUAUAUUAUAUAUUUAAUACUUUUUUAAUUAAUUAUUUUUUUCUUGGGGAAAUUAUAAAGAGAUGUUGAAGAAUAUUUGAAUUAUGACAUUUGUAUGUAUUUUUCCUUAUGACGGCUACUUUCAAAAGUGAUAGAUUAUUUUUAUCAACUUUAGCUGUUUUUAGGUUACUUAAUAAAUGUCAAACAUAGAUAUUAGUUACGAAAUUUUAUUUUGAUAAGUUUUUUUCUUUAUGCUCAAAAUUCUUCAUGUGAGUUUGACUUUUAGAAUGAGAACUAUAUUUUUAUAGUGAUAAUUUUCUCACAUGUUUGAAAAUGAAAUUAGAAGGGAUAUUAUGCAGAACACUGAUUGCUAAUGGUAGUUCCAUUAGCCCUUGGCGUGCCAUAGAUAAUGACUAAGUAAUUUGAUUUUCAUGAGUUUUGUUUUCACGUUUGUUAUUCAUAGAUCUUGUACUCACGUUUGUUUUCAUAUCUUCAAGUCGUGUUUGGUUAGUAUUACUCUUAUGGACCGUGUGUCCAUAUUUGUAAAUUAUUCUGAUAAAUUUUCAAAAUAUAAAUUUUUUUAAAUUAACUAAUGAUUUCAUAUUCUAAAAGUUUUUAAUUUAUAAAUGUUAUUAUUUUUACUUAUUUAUUUAAUCCAAUUGACUUGUCAAGAUUAAAUAUUAGAGCUACUUCAUCAGUAAAGAUCUAAAGAUUCAUUUUACUAAACUUGUAUAGAUUUUUUUAAAAAAAAUUAAAAGUACAAAUUUUUAUUAUAUUGAAUUCUUUUAUUUUUAAUUUUCAUAACUGUUGUAAAUUAUUCAUUUUAAUGUUGCAAAAUUUUAUGGUUGAAAUGUUAUUCACUAGAAAGUAUUUGUUUGAUCUCAUAUAGUGCAACUGAUAGUGUGCGUCUUGCUAACCACUGAAGGACUUUUGGCUAGUGAAGAUUUGUUUUGUAAUACCUCUUUUAAUAUAAUUAAGCAAUUUAUGUAUUAUGUUUUGAAAAUAUGAUUAGGUGCUCCAAAUAUACUAUAAUUAGGAUCUUCAUUUGAUUAUCUUUAUUGUUGGUUUACUAUCAAGAAUUGAGCUCUUGAUUAUUUUGUGUAAAAAUAUUGUUGUACAAUUUUUAGGAGAUCCUAUCUUAAGGAAAAGUUCUGUGGCAACUUUUACAAAAAUAUAUUAUUUUUAUUAUUCACACUAAAAAUGGGUUGAUUGGCUGUCAAAUGUUUUGAUGAUUUAGAAAUUAGAGUUUCUUAAGUUGAGAUGUUUCAGGAUAUGGAUUUUUGUUUUUAUAUUUCGUGUCGGUCAUGCCUUAUUUUCAGGGCGUGACACUUUGGGCUCUCAAAAAAGUCAUCAUGUCACCGAGCCCCUUUACUUAUUUUGUUAUAAACUUUCACUUGGUUUAUAUACUAUUCUAUCAUUAAUGGUAGUUAGAGUGAAAAAAAUCAUACGUAUAAAGACUCAUUACCU